AUGUUUCGUUCGCCUCUGAGUAGACAACAUUCUUACAGUGAGACAGACUUAGACCAGAUUAGUGAUGAAGGCUCUCUGGUGAGGUCUCACUUGAGGGUGUCUCAUGCUUCCGCUCGCGUGGGCGAGGCUGUUGCUGUGGACUGGCAGCUUGCAAGUCCCUGCUCCGCCGGUGACUGGAUUGGUCUUUUCGACGUCGGAGAUACACAUAUUAACUCUUUCUUGGAUUAUAAAACACGUGGUGUAAAUGGCACUCGUCAAGGAACUAUAGCAUGGACCAUAAAAGAAGAGUAUAUUAUCAGGACAAACGCUGAAGGAUGUCGGAAAUGUUUAUUCCAGUAUGUGUCCGGGGUAUCCGGUGAGAUUAUGCUUAAAAGCGAGCAAAUAGAAUUAUUUCAAUCUACAAGUGGUUCAAGCAUGUUUCAGAGUGUUCUCAGUGGCAGAUGGGACGAGGUGGAAGACACCAGUGUGCCCAUCAGCAUCCAAGUUUCAAGCUUUUAUGCUAAUGAUCUUCGCAAGCCAAUGAUUGGUUCCCCUGACCCUGUGUUGAUUCUGAAGGUCUUGCCUGGUGUUGGGCACCUACUUCGCGAUCACCAUCGAGUUGAGUACAAAACAAGCAAACGGAAAGGCACUGUAAAUCCGUUUUGGUUACGAGAUAAGUUUCACGUGGAGGUGACUCCAUCAGAUCGUCUAGAGUUUACUGUUCGAGAUAAACGCACCAGCAGAAUACUGAGAUUUAGUCAUAAUCACUUUCUAGGUAAAGUCUCGGUUAAUAUUCGCCCUUUCUUGGAGCAGCCAGGAAGAAAUGAGGUUACUCGACCACUGGGAAUGAGGACUCCAAAUGAUCGCGUGUCCGGGAUGCUCUCAUUUGCUAUCACUACAGAAAUGGACAUAAACAGAGAGCUAGAAUUAUUAAGAAAUGCGGAGGCACUUCGACCAGCGAAUCAGGAAACUCAAGCAGCUGAGACGUCAGUAGAAUCCAUUGUUGUAGAUCAAACAGCUAGUUCUGUUGGGACCGACGACAUCGUGGAAGCUUCAGCAUCACAAGUUUCUCCCGAGACAUGUGAAAGUGUAUCUGCUGUUCCGGUAGUUGUAGUCUCUGAAAAUGUUGAGUCUGAAGAUCACAGUAGAGUUGAGCUGCCUGCUUCUGCUGUAUCCGAUGACCAUGAGAGACCGCAAACCGAGCCAAGGGAAACUGUUGGUGGUACAUCAUGGUUUAUUUCUAUGGACAUGGUACCACCUGCUCCUCCUGCUCCUCCAGAGGCUGCUCUUCGACCAUCAGCUGAACGCCAACAUAGCUGGGAGGUUGAUCCUCUUGCUGAUGAAGAUCCAUUACCCAACAAUUGGGAAAUGAAGCGUGACCAGUAUGGUCGUGUGUUCUACAUCAACCAUUUCAGUCAUCACACUCAAUGGACAAGACCACAACCAACUGUUGGAGCAAGAGCAAAUCACGAAGAAGCAACAGAACAGAGACGACAACAACUCAACAGCAGGUAUCAAAGUGUACGACGACGUUUAAGUAGGCGAAGUCGAGAAACUGAUGCAGAAACAGUAGAUUCCUCUUCAUCUCCUUCCUCCGCAGCUACUGCUGCUGCUGCUGCUGCUGCUGCUGCUGCUGCUGCCCUGUCUGUAGAUGACUCUGAUGCAGGUGAUCGUAGCAGUCACGUUCAUACCUCCAAUGGAAGGUCUCGUGGCAGACGGGGUCAUGAAUUACCAUCACACGUGCUUUUGCCUCACAACAUCAAGAACAUUCCAGCUGUUCAGUUUCUCACUCGAACAGACUUUCUGAGUUGUGUCAGAAGUCAUGAGGAAGCAUGGAGAUCAUAUCAAUCAAGUCAUGUUUUGAGGGAAGCUAUUGCCAGCAUCAGAAGAUCCGCAACCUUAUUUACUGAACAUCAACAUGAUAGGUUGCUGACUGGAUUCUUAAAUCUCUUUGCUGACAAGACAGUUGACUUACCUCCAGGAUGGGAGAAGAAGACUGAUACGAGAGCAAGAAGGGAUUUUUAUGUGGAUCAUAACAGUAGAACUACGACUUUCAUUGAUCCUCGGUUGCCGCUAAUUGAAGUGGAGACAUUACCGGGGAGGAAUCGUGUAAUGACUGAAUCGGCUCUUAUGUCCGGAGGACACGUAUUUAGACGAGUAAAUCAAACGAGGCGAGCUCAGAGACAACGCACCAUACUAUCGAGUUCUGCUGACACGCAGAGUUGGUUAGAGAUGGCUACAACAAGGACAAGGGCCAGGGACCAUGUAGAGACUCAGCGUCAGGAGUCUGAGGACGUGUCAUUAUCUAACCGUCAAGAAGUUCAACAACAGACGUACAAUGAGCAAGUUAUUGCAUUCUUCAAGCAGCCCAACAUUCAAAAUGUGUUGCAGAGGAAGCAGCCUGGCAUUUCACGAGAUAUCUUGAAUAAAGCCGAAGAUGUUGCUACACAAGGCGAAGUUGCUUUGGCAGAUAUGGCAAAUGACAUUGAUUUUGUCAUGCUUCUGAGUACUCUUGAAAACGACAUUGCAUCGUACGUUCCCAAUGUACAAGUAACGUUGCCGCCAUCUUCAGGCAGUGGAACAUUAACGAGAGUUCCUGCACCAUACAAGCGGGACUUUGAAGCCAAGUUACGGACAUUUUACCGCCAGAUCGAAUCAGUAGGAUGUGGAAAGGGCCCAGGAAAGAUCCUCUUAAGUGUUCGACGUGAUCAUCUCUUAGAAGAUUCUUUGAAUACCAUCAUGAGCUUAACAAAGUACAAACUGAAACGCAACAAACUAGAAGUAAAGUUUGACAACGAAGAAGGACUUGACUUUGGUGGACCUUCACGUGAGUUUUUCUUUCUGAUCUCACGUGAACUGUUCAAUCCGUAUUAUGGAUUAUUUGAGUACUCGGCAAAUGAUUGCUACACUGUACAAAUCAGUCCGAUGUCAUCAUUUGUCGACAAUAGCCUUACAUGGUUUCUGUUUGCUGGUCGAAUACUUGGCCUUUGCCUUAUUCAUCGAUUUCUGCUGGAUGCAUUUUUUACUCGCCCAUUUUACAAGACUCUUUUGAAACGGAAUUGUUCAUUGAGUGACUUGGAGUCUUUGGAUGAAGAAUUUCAUCGUAGCAUGUCAUGGAUAAUAGAGAAUGAUGUCACUGAUGUGUUGGAUGACCUCACUUUUACUGUUGAAGAGGAAGUCUUUGGCCAGAUUACUACACGAGACCUCAAGCCAGGUGGAGAUGACAUCUAUUUGAGUGAAGACAACAAAUUGGAGUAUGUUGAUCUAAUGGUACAGUGGCGACUGGAUCGUGGUGUCAGUGAACAGAGACAGUGCGUAGUGAAAGGCUUUUAUGAGGUUGUUCAACCGGAUUUAGUUGCAAUGUUUGAUGCCCAAGAAAUUGAGUUGGUCAUUGCUGGCACAGCUGAGAUUGACCUGCAAGACUGGAGAGCCAAUACGCAAUACAAAUCAGGUUAUCACAACAAUCAUCGUGUGAUCAAAUGGUUUUGGCAAGCUCUCAAGCAAUUUGAAAACGAACAACAACUUCGAUUGCUGCAGUUUGUGACAGGGACAUCUAGUGUACCAUACGAAGGAUUUAAAGCUUUGAGAGGCAGUAACGGACAAACGAGGUUCUGCAUCGAGAGAUGGGGAUCAUCCAAUGACUUUCCAAGGGCACACACCUGUUUCAACAGACUAGACCUACCAGCAUAUAAGACUUUCGAUCAACUGAAGACUAAGGUAUCUCUCGCUAUAGAACUGGCCAGUACAGGCUUCGGUAUGGAAUGACGGUUUUUGAAGUGCAGUCACUGAGACUGAUAUAAUUCGAAUAGAUUAAAUACGUUUUAUGGCCAUUAUAGUUGUCUAAUACUUUUACAGUUUGCAUACUUGAUAGGACAUUUUUGCAGCUAAUGUUGUCAAGUAUUAUUUUUUUAUGUUCAGUACAAGACAAGAUGAGCAAAGUCGUUGCUCAGUUAACAAAA